AGUCAGAGGCAACCAGCAGCCCUGGGCCUGACUGAGCUGCUCAGCCUGACCUUCAUGGUCGCCAUGGCGACAGCCUCCCUGACCCCCCGAUGGGUUGCCCUCUUGAUCCCACUUUUGGUGCUUGGGGCACCCACUGAGGAACCUGUACCUGAGACACCUUCCCCAGCCCCAGGGGGCUGCCAGCGAUGCUGCCAAGGAUCAGAGACCCUAGACCCUUCUGGGGCCAUUCCAUCUGCUGUCCCCUAUGUGCUGCCAGAGGUGAGACCCUACAUCAACAUUACCAUCCUGAAGGGAGAUAAGGGAGACCGAGGUCCCCUGGGAAUGCCAGGGAAGAUGGGCAAGGAGGGCUCCCGAGGAGAGCGAGGCCCUCAGGGUCCCAAGGGGGCCAAAGGCCAGGCAGGCAGCCCAGGGGAACCGUGCAAGGCGCAGUACUCGGCUUUCUCUGUGGGCCGCAAGAAGGCCCUGCACAGCACCGAGGACUAUCAGCCCCUGCUCUUUGACACUGUCUUCGUGAACCUGGACAGCAGAUUCGACAUGUUCUCCGGCCAUUUCUCGGCCCCUGUGGCUGGCAUCUACUACUUCAGCCUCAAUGUCCACACCUGGAACUUCAAGGAGACCUACCUGCACCUGAUGCGCAAUGAGGAGCCCACCGUCAUCCUGUAUGCCCAGCCCAGUGACCGCAGCAUCAUGCAGAGUCAGAGCGUCCUGCUGGAGAUGGCCUCAGGUGACCGGGCCUGGGUGCGGCUCUACAAGCACCAGCGAGAGAAUGCCAUAUACAGCGAUGAUGUGGACACCUACAUCACCUUCAGCGGCCACCUCAUCAAGCCAGGGGAUGAGUGACCCCCUCCCCCCUGCCCCCUCCCCUUUGCCCCCCAGCUUCUCCCCCACCCUGAUCUUUGCCCCCCCCACUUCCCCACCCCAACUCUUCUCCCAUAUCCCUCAUGUCUUCAUCUAUGCAUUGGAAACAGGGACUCAGAACAUAUCGGUGCUCUCCCCAGGCCCUCCACUAACUAGAUAUUUCACUUGAGAAAAUCAUCUUCCCUCUCUGGGUCUCAGUUUACUCACCUGUAAGUUGAGGGCUAGACUAAAGAAUCUCUAAGGUGCUUUCUUUCCAUUUCUAAAAUUCUGUGAUACAGUC